UCUCUGAUUAACUUAUUAUUCCUCAACCCGCAGCAAAAAGCAAUGAAGCAAAGCUGGCUGAUACACAUUUUCACAAUUCUUUAGUUCCCAACCAUUGUCUCCCUCUCAAAAGCAAAAGCUGAACAAGACACCCCCCCAACACAAGAACCCACAAAACACCUACAAUACGCACAUAACAGUUGUACACUUCACUGAGCGAUCAAAUACUACAACUAGUAGCAGUAGUAAAAAUUAGAAAGAAAUGUACAGAUUUAGCAAUACAGUAAUAGGUUUCUUGAACCUCUUCACACUUUUAGCCUCAAUCCCGAUCAUCGGUGCAGGUUUAUGGAUGGCUAAGAGCAGCACCACCUGUGAAAGCUUUCUUCAAACACCCCUUCUGGUGAUCGGCUUUGUGAUUCUGAUAAUAUCGCUGGCUGGUUUUAUUGGGGCUUGUUUCAACGUUGCAUGGGCUCUGUGGGUGUAUUUGCUGGUCAUGCUGUUUCUCAUAGGAGCUUUGAUGGCUCUGACAGUUUUCGGGUUCGUGGUGACGAGCCAAGGUGGAGGGCAUCCGGUUGAGGGGAGGGUUUAUAGAGAGUAUCACCUUAAUGAUUAUUCUCCAUGGUUGAGGAAGAGAGUUGAGGAUCCUCACUAUUGGAUGGCCAUCCGGAAUUGUAUUUUGAGUUCUAAAACUUGUGCUAGCAUUGUUAUGUGGACUCCUUAUGAUUAUCUCAACAAAGACUUGACUCCAAUUCAGUCUGGUUGCUGCAAGCCUCCAACUUCAUGCAAUUAUGCAGCAACAACGAUGGCUCAGGACCCGGACUGCUACCAAUGGAACAACUCCCCGACCAUGCUUUGUUACCAGUGCGAUUCGUGCAAGGCCGGAGUGCUUGAAGAUGUGAGGAGAGACUGGCACAAGCUCUCUGUACUUAACAUUGUCAUGGUUGUUUUACUCAUAGGCAUCUAUUCCAUUGGCUGCUGUGCUUUCCAAAACACCAAAAGAGCUGAAACAGAUUAUCCUUAUGGCCGUAACAGGAUGUCCAAGAUCCACCCCAGAUGGGAUUUUCAUUGGUGGAGAUGGUUGAAUGAAAGGAGACACCAACUUUACUAAACAAAGGACAUGGAGGAAAGCUUUCACUUUUUCCUAUGUAUUUUACAGUUAAUUGCAGUCUUUCACUGUGCAAAAGUUGGAUAUCCUUGUGCUGUUUUCAGAUUCAGCUUAUAUAUAUAUAUCCCAUUGGCGUGGUUGGCAUUUGGAUGUGGAUGGAUGCAUGAGCCUCUCCUCUACUUUAACAAACCAUUCUCUUUAUUCACAAACACUAGCUACGUUCUGCU